GCAGAUCUCAUCAAUCACUCUCCCCCUCCGGAGAAGGAGAAAACGAAAUCUCUGUUUUCAAGUUUCGACGUCGUUGUUCCGAGCGAAAAAAAAACAAAGAGAAAGAGCUGAAUCCAUGGCGGCAUCCAAGCUUCAGGCUCUGUGGAAUCACCCCGCUGGACCAAAAACCAUUCAUUUCUGGGCACCAACUUUUAAGUGGGGCAUCACCAUAGCCAAUGUAGCUGACUUCUCUAAGCCUGCUGAAAACCUUUCAUAUCCUCAGCAGAUAGCGGUUGCAUGCACUGGAAUGAUCUGGUCACGCUACAGCACUGUAAUCACUCCGAAAAACUGGAAUCUCUUUAGUGUAAACGUUGCGAUGGCUGGAACAGGCCUCUACCAACUGUCACGCAAAAUUCAGCAUGACUUCUUUGCUGAGGAAAAACUAGCUGUUGUAAAGGAAUGAUGGUGAAGAUCUUCCAGGCUUUAAUUGUUAUUUGUGGAAAUGCUUUAACCCCCACUGCUUAUUCCUGUGAACGUUUGGGCAAAUUCCUGCCCCUAAUAAGGCUCUUUGUAUUCAUGUAUGCCUUGUGGAAAUUUGUGACUGAAUGUUGAUUGUCAUUUUCCUUGCAAAGUCAAUGAAAGAUCUGGAGCAAUUGAAGUGGAAAAUGGUUUCUAAUUGGCUAAAAAAAUUUAAUUGGUUAC